AUGGGAAUUUGCUCAAAUAGACAAGAGCAAAAAUAGAUUUCAGAAAAUUUAAGACUAAAAGCGAUAAUGAUAUUUUAAAAAAUUGAUGUUUAGAAUAAGGGAUAUAUUGAUAAAGAAAGGACAUUAUAAUUUUGGAAAUCGAAUUUUGCAAAAAUAAAUACAGAUGCUUUAUUUUCAUAGGUUGAUUAUAAUAAAAGUGGGAACAUAACAAUUUAAGAAUGGUUGGCUUUCUGGGAUAUUGUAAAAUAGUAAGGUUAUUCAGAAUAAGAGAUAUCAGAUGAAGUAUUUAUGAAAAAUAAUUUAUAAUUAUUUAGCUUGAUGAAUUGCAACAAGGGAAAGCUUGGGUGUAAUAUUAUAAGGUUGAUGCGUUUAUCAGGUCAGAUACUUAAAGACAUAAAACAUAAAUUGAUCAAAUUGUAUAGAUGGAGAAAAAAACAUUGCUAAAAUCAAAGUCUUUUAAUUAUAAUUGA